UUGUAUUUUUCGAAUCGUGAAGACGACUCAUGCACAUUGAAGUCCGAUCGAAGACAAGCCGAUAAACGUUGUCCGAAACCACUCUGCGAUUUAACUUAGUACUUAAUUUUUGUUAUGAGCAAUUAGUGGAAUUGAUGAUUUCAAGAUUUAUGCAAAUAUAAUGGGGCAAUUAAACAUGGAGAGAAAAUGGGUGUUCCCACUCGUAAUGACUUCGUUGAUCUGCGUUUUCCUUCUCGGAGCCACUUUCAACGUUGGCCUCGUUUCCCAUCUCAACCCCGUCAAUUCCAUCUUCUCUCUCUUCCAAUCCCGUCUCUCCACGGAGCAAACCUUCGCGGAGACCAACGUUGACUGGGGGUCCCCGCCCCCUCCAUCGGUUCCGAAAUUCGCGUACAUGAUAUCCGGAUCGAAGGGCGAUUUGGACAAACUUUGGAGGACUCUUCACGCGUUGUACCACCCGUGGAACUACUACGUAAUUCACCUCGAUCUCGAGUCCCCCGCGUGGGAGAGAUUGGAGCUCGCGUCUCGUGUCGAAAAUCAUCCGACUUUCGCGAAGAUCGGGAACGUUUAUAUGAAUGUGAAGGCGAAUAUGGUUACGUAUAAAGGGCCAACUAUGGUUGCUAAUACUCUUCAUGCAUGUGCUAUUCUUCUAAGGAGGUAUCAAGAUUGGGAUUGGUUUAUCAAUCUUAGUGCCUCGGAUUACCCUUUGGUCACUCAAGAUGAUCUUCUAUCGACAUUUUCGGAUGUGGAUCGAGAGAUUAAUUUCGUGGAAUACACGAGCCGUUUAGGGUGGAAAGAGGCUCGAAGGGCGAUGCCGUUGAUUGUAGAUCCCGGGCUUUACCAGAGUAACAAGUCCGAAAUAUUAUGGGUCACACCGAAUAGAAAAUUACCAACGUCAUUCAAAUUGUUUACCGGUUCGGCUUGGACGAUCUUAUCGCGUGCAUUUGUGGAGUACUGCAUAUGGGGUUACGACAAUCUCCCAAGAACCCUUCUCAUGUACUACUCGAACUUCGUCUCUUCGCCAGAAGGCUAUUUCCAGACCGUUAUAUGCAACUCUCCCGAUUUUGCCCCUACAGUAGUCAACCACGACAUGCACUACAUCUCAUGGGACUACCCUCCGAAACAGCAUCCGCACACACUCACCGUCAACGACACCACGAAAAUGGUCUCCAGCGGUGCCCCAUUUGCGCGCAAAUUCAAAAAAGACGAUCUUGCCCUUGACAAAAUUGAUAGGGAAUUACUCGGGAGAAAAAACGGGAGCUUCACCCCCGGUGGUUGGUGUGCUGGCGGGCGCCGUUGCUCCGAGGUUGGAAAUCCUACCAAACUCAGACCAGGCCCCGGUGCAGUUAGGCUUCGGCGUCUUGUCAAUGAACUUGUCCGGACUGCCAAAUUUGGCCGGAAAAAACAGUGUACUUAGCGAUUUUUUUUUUUUUUUUUUUGAAAUAAUUAUUACAUCAUAUUAUAAGUAAAAACAGGACAGCAUUAGGCAAAGAUACUGCAUUACUUGCCUUUAGCUUAUAUAUAUACAGAAGUUAAAAAUUUGAUGUACUAAUUAGUCCAAUUUCAUGAACAUAUAUACUUUGUGAUUGUACAGUAAUAUAUAUACAUGGUGUAACAAAAAUUGGUGACUUACAUCUGACCUCAGACACUAUUCGGUCAAGGCUCGAAAUUUACAAGAAUGCCCAUGGAUUCUCCGGCCUUUUCCAUCGUGUUGCCCCUUUUGUUGAUAAACUGUUGCUCGACGGAGUGUUGCAGCGCGCGCUCAAUCGAACCAGACUUUGUUAAACAUCGUCUACGAUAAAAAAGGGAGAAGGCAAUAGAAAUGGGACUUUGACCUUGAUUUAACGGUGUCAAGGUCAAAAGUCCAAAAACAAAUGUCUUUUAAUAAUGAAGAAAAUUGGAGUCAAUUGCACAAGUGCGUCGAGCAAAUUUUUAUUCUCGUGUACUAGUUUGUGAAUUAUAAUUGAUUCUUACCUUCUGGCUUCUGAGGUUUCAAAUUCCCUUCUUUUAUAAGAAUUUGCGGAUUUCAAAUAGUUCUCCGUUCCAAUUUUAAGUAUCGUAUCACAUUGUAAUCGGAAAAUCAUGCAUAUUAUAUUAUAUUUACUGACUGAGUUUACUCA